AUGGGACAGAGACAACUUGUGGAGAGCCUGUUUCGUCAAAAGAAACCUGUAUAUCAGGUCUGGUUCCAGUUCCUGCUCCUGACGUGUCUAGUGCUGGUCGUCUUGUGUUACACUCUCUUCAACGGCUCUCUGCCAUGGGAGAGUUUUCCACUCAGUGAGCACUACAGGAGUUUUGUAAAUCAGACCAAUCUGUCUCAUCUACCUCCUGCUUAUCGUGUUCAUCCAAAGCACAAAGCUAAACUAAUUGAAACAACAAAAAGCCCUACUGUACCACCUACAGUUAUACAGUACCACCAAGCCUAUGCACCCAAUUACCACUUUAUUAUGGAUAAUACAGAGGUGUGCAAGAACAAGACCCCUUUCCUGGUUCUGGUGGUUCCAGUGGCACCAAAUAACGUGGCAGCUCGGGACGCCAUCCGGCAGACAUGGGCCAAAAACAGUCCGGUUCAGGGUGAGAUAGUGCUUACUCUUUUCAUGCUGGGCUCUUCUGGAGGACCUGAUGUUGAGCAGGUGCAGGAGAAGCUCAAACUGGAGAAUCUGCAGCACCAUGACCUGAUUCAGAGCAACUUCAUGGACACUUACCUGAAUCUGACUAUCAAAACUAUGGUGAUCAUGGACUGGCUAGCCACACACUGCCCUACAGCGGCGUAUGCCAUGAAGGUUGACUCAGACAUGUUCCUGAACAUUGACAAUUUAGUGAUCAUGCUAAAAAAGCCAGGCAUCCCCAAGCUGAAUUACCUGACAGGCAUGCUUAUGUGGGAUAGACCAGUUUUGCGUUCAAAGAGCUCCAAAUGGUACGUUUCUGAGGAGUUGUUCCCAGACCCCACGUACCCGACCUACACUCUCGGCAUGGGAUAUAUCUUUUCCAAUGAUCUUCCAGGGAAAUUUGUGAAUGUCUCAAAAUCAAUCACACCCUUUAACAUAGAGGAUGCUUAUAUUGGAAUGUGCAUGAAAAAACUAGGACUUGCACCCACAUCACCACCAGAUCCCUCGCAGUUCAAGGCCUAUAACUCAAGAUAUAAUCGCUGUGAAUACUCCAAGAUCAUCACCUACAUUCUUGGGUCUUCAGAAGAGUUGGUGAAAUAUUGGACAGACUUAAAGAAGCCUGGACCACCUUGUUAGGACAAUAACAGCUACAGGUGCACUUAGAAAUCACUUCAACUUUUUUACUUGUGUGUAUUGUAUCUACGGUAUCUGGGUUGCCAAUAAAUUAAAUGAAGGGAAUGUUUAUUUGUCCAAACAGGUGAAUGAGUGGAAUUAAAUGUGGUGUAGAGCAAUGUUUCGAUGAGCAGAUCAUUGUAUUGUUUGUAUCUUGGUUGCAUCUGAAAAUUGUACAAAGGCCAAAGAUUUUUGAGUCAUGAAGAGAAUCUUAAAAUAUGCCACUAUAUACAUAAGUUAUUGCAGUUACUGCCCGCUACUACCCCUACUACUAUACGGGUAGUGAAGUGAUUUCUUCCUUAUAAGUUUUUUUUUUUUUUUUUUUUUUUCAAUUUUCCAGUCAUGUUGUACAUGUAAACAUUCUUGUUCUGGAAUCUUGAAUUAGGUUUGUAGCAUUUGUACGUGUAUGUAAAUGCACCCAAGACCCCACUUGAUAAGGUAAACCAGCAAACUGAAGCCAUAUAUUUGUAUCUUCUUUUUUUCUUUUGCACAGACUGAGAAUUUGUCUCAGAUUUCUUACAUUAGAGUCAUGCUGGGAAGACUGCAUGUCAUUAUAUAAUGAACAAAAAUAUAAAUGCAGCAAUUAUGUUGAUAUGAAAGAGCUUAGACUUUUCUGUAAAUACAGUCCAUGUUCAUGAACAUUCCUUUGCCAAGAUAAUGAUAGGUGUGCUAUAUCAAAUUUAGUGAAGUUUAGUUUAGGGAUUAGGUGGGCUAUAGAUGGACAGUACAUGGGAAUGUGUGAAUGACAUGUCACUGCUGUGGGUAACCCUCAGUCAAUAUUGUUCCUCGUUCAGUGUUGUCAGAAGAAUCUGGAACAUCCACAAGGUCUCUCUCUUCACCUCUAUGAACACCCAAAGCCUUUUAACAAAGUGUGAAGGACUCCAAUGUCUCAGGGGAUAACUACUAUAUUAAUGAAUAAACAAGGAAUUUGGAGGUUUUUAUUCUGCUGGUAUAUGAGGUUGGGAUGAGAACUGGGAUUAAUAUUUCGCUUUUUUAAAAUGUAUUUGUGUGUAUUUAAAACUACUUGGGGUCGCCAAUAAAUGAAAUGAAGGAAAUGUUUAUUUCUUUAUUAGUUAUGUUUAGGUUUUUAUUCUGCUGCUAUAUGAGGUUGGGAUGAGAACUCUACCAAGAUUUGACAAACUAAAUAAACUCAGAUCAUUU